AUGAAAAAUAGUAAUCAAAAUAACCUAUCCAAAUAACCCUCCCCUUAUUCAUCAAUAUCGUUAGUUAGAUCCUAAAAUUCAAUUCAAUCCUACUUAAGCUCAUCCCCUGUAUUAAUUUAAUUUAUACAUUAGAAUUUACUAAAUCAAUUUUUACGUUCCUCUUUCAAAGUAUUUUCAGAAAUGAAAGAAGAUAUAAUUUAUAAUCAAUAAUCUAAAUUAUCUUUAAGAUUUGAAUAAAUCCAUUUAUUAAUGGCAACUUAGAAAUUAUUCUUGCAUCUCUAAAAAAUGUAAGAAUACUAUUAAAAAUCAUAAAAAUAAGAAGCUUUUUAAUUAAUUUUUCGACUAGCUGCAAUAGAUUAUAGUAAUUGUAGCAGUUUCUUUAAAUCACCUCAAAGAUGCAAUUCACCUGGAAUAGUAUCAAAAGAUAUUGGGUAAUAAUUUAUUUUAUUAAAGAAUGGAAAAGAAAAUUCAAAAUUAACAAUUAAUUAAAAUUAUUUAGGAGCUAUAAUUAUAAAUAGCUGGCUAAGAAAUUUGUAAAGCUGUAUAUUCAUUUUAAAUCUAAAUUUUAAAGGAUACUUUUCAUUAAUUAAGAUGGACUAUUAAAUUGUCAUCACAUUUAGAAAAAAUAAAGAUUAUUAUUGAAACCUUCACUCUAAGAAACGCUUUAAAUCAUUUAAAAUUAAAAGCAAUUCAAACAAGAAAAUUUGAAACAGGCUUACUAUUAAUUAAUUUGAAAAUUAAAAAAAUGAUUUUAAGCAAUGAAUUUUAUUUCUUUUAUUCUCUUAAAGUUCUAUCAAUUCAAAUUACAUCUAAUACAAAAUAAAAAAUAAAAAAGAACAAAGUAGAAGUUCAUUUUAAACUUUAAGAUGAAUCUUUAAAAUUAGUUAAACUUUAUAAAUUUUUUAUAAGAUACUGUUAUAGAUAACCUUUUGAUUAACUUAGAAAGAUUCAAUACUCCUAUUAAUUAUCUGAUUUACCAUUAAGAAGUAGUAUUAGCUUAUAAAAAUUAUCAGCCAGUUAAUAAGUAUCUUAAGUUGUAACUUUAUAAUAAUCUCAAGUGAUUGAAUCAUUACCAUAAAUUGAAAACUAAAAAUUAGAAUUAUAAGAAAAUUUACAAAAUUAAAUUCACUAACGAAAAGUUGAAAUAAAAUCAAGUGGAAAAAUUUCAAGAUCGAUAAAAUAAUAUUGUACUUUAUAUUUAUAUCAUAGUGAAUAAUUAUGAGGAGUAAUACUUAUAAAUUCAAUAAUAGAAAAUUAAAUUCAAGCUAUAAAAAAGAUCUAAAUCACCUGAGUAAAUAAAAACGAGUAACUUAUAAAAAUUACUCUUAAAAAAUAAAAGGAUCAUCUACUUGAUUCUGUUAAUAAUAAUUUUUUGUUUUGCAUUAUUGUGUUUGUUUAUCUGA